AAGGUACUCUUUGGUAAAUAAUUUUAAAAAACAGAGUUGUUGCGCCCUUGCCAUAUGUUUUCUUGCACGAGUUCAGUUGGAGGCAAAAUAUUGUUAAGCGGUGUAGAAAUAUAAUAUUCAUAACAAAUUUUAAGAUGAUAAAAGCUAGGAUGUUAACAAGCAAUUUGGCUUUAAAUGUAGCCUUAAAAGCGCUGCCUCAAUGCGGUUAUUGCACCGCUUUAAAGUUUACGGAACAUAAACCUAUCGAAAAAAUACGGAAUAUUGGUAUAUCAGCACAUAUUGAUAGCGGGAAAACAACUUUAACCGAGCGAAUAUUAUUCUACACCGGACGUAUUGCAAAAAUGCAUGAAGUGAAAGGAAAAGACAAUGUUGGUGCUACAAUGGAUUCAAUGGAGCUUGAACGUCAACGUGGUAUAACGAUACAGUCUGCAGCAACAUACACGCUGUGGAAAGAUACUAACAUAAAUAUUAUUGACACGCCUGGGCACGUGGAUUUCACUGUUGAAGUAGAACGUUCGUUGCGAGUAUUAGAUGGAGCAAUUCUUGUGCUUUGUGCGGUAGGUGGAGUGCAAAGUCAAACAUUAACAGUAAACAGACAAAUGAAGCGUUAUAAUGUGCCAUGUUUAGCAUUCAUAAAUAAAUUGGAUAGAUUAGGCGCGAAUCCAUAUCGAGUACUCUCACAAAUGCGAAGCAAAAUGAAUCAUAACGCAGCAUUUAUUCAACUGCCUAUUGGCUUGGAGGGUGACUGCAAAGGUAUUGUAGAUUUAAUAUCUGAAAAAUCUGUAUACUUUGAAGGCGACUAUGGUACGGUUAUUCGUUAUGAUGAAAUCCCACAAAAUAUGCGCACCGAAUCUCAAGAACGAAAGCAAGAACUUAUUGAGCAUUUAUCAAACGUAGACGAAACUUUAGGCGAAAUAUUUUUAGAGGAGAGGACGCCGACAGAAAAAGAUGUUAGAGAUGCAUUACGUCGUUCUUGUAUUAAACGUACAUUCACUCCUGUGCUUGUUGGAACUGCUUUAAAAAAUAAAGGUAUACAACCAUUACUUGAUGCGGCAAUUGAUUAUUUGCCUAAUCCGGGUGAAGUAGAGAACAUUGCGCUAAUUGAAAAGCCUGGUGACGAAGCUGAAAAAAUUAUCUUAGAUCCAUCACGUGAUGGCAAGCAAUCAUUUGUUGGUCUUGCUUUUAAAUUAGAGGCUGGACGCUUUGGUCAACUUACUUAUCUAAGGUGUUACCAAGGAGUGCUGCGCAAAGGUGACAGUAUAUAUAAUGCGCGUACAAAUAAAAGAAUACGUGUUGCGCGAUUAGUACGUUUACAUUCAAAUAACAUGGAGGAUGUCAAUGAAGUGUAUGCUGGCGAUAUAUUUGCUCUAUUCGGUGUCGACUGUGCUUCAGGAGACACAUUCACUAGCAAUCCUAAAGAUAAUUUGGCAAUGGAAUCUAUAUAUAUACCUGAUCCUGUUGUAUCCAUGGCAAUUAAACCAAAUAAUCCAAAAGAUAGAGAUAAUUUCUCUAAAGCAAUUGCGCGAUUUACAAAAGAGGACCCAACAUUUCACUUUUAUUAUGAUAAUGAUGUAAAAGAGACUCUAGUUUCUGGCAUGGGUGAACUCCAUUUGGAAAUUUACGCUCAGCGCAUGGAACGUGAAUACGGUUGUCCGGUUACUUUAGGUAAACCUAAAGUUGCGUUCCGCGAAACUCUUACUGGACCCUGCUCCUUCGAUUAUUUACACAAAAAACAGUCCGGUGGAUCUGGUCAAUAUGCACGUAUUAUUGGUGUAAUAGAACCACUUCCACCCCAGCAAAAUACAUUAGUUGAAUUUCUUGAUGAAACUGUUGGUACUAAUGUGCCUAAACAAUUUAUACCUGGUGUUGAGAAAGGUUUUCGUGAAAUGGCUCAACGUGGUAUGCUAUCAGGACACAAACUCUCUGGCGUUCGAUUUCGCUUACAAGAUGGUGGCCAUCACAUUGUGGAUUCAAGUGAAUUGGCUUUCCAAAUGGCCGCACAUGGUGCAGUUAAAGAAGUUUUCCAGGAAGGAUCGUGGCAAAUUUUAGAACCUAUUAUGUCAGUAGAAGUUACUGCUCCCGAAGAAUUUCAAGGUUCAGUAAUUGGCCAUCUAAGUAAACGUCAUGGUAUAAUCACAGGCACUGAUGGUGCUGAAGGAUGGUUUACAGUGUAUGCAGAGGUACCAUUAAACGACAUGUUUGGCUACGCUGGUGAACUAAGAUCUAGCACCCAGGGAAAAGGCGAGUUUACAAUGGAAUAUUCAAGAUACUCGCCAUGCUUACCUGAUGUACAAGAUCAAGUUGUAAGAGAGUAUCAGGAAUCCCAAGGCAUUGAAUUAGAAAAGAAAAAGAAAAAAAACUAAUUCUUACAUAAGUUAAAAUUUAACAACGCGAAUAGUCAACUUGUGUUACAUGCAAAAAGUAAUAUUUUUUGUCACAAUAUGUCAUUUGCUUUUUACAUUUCUUGUUCAUGACUGUGAUAUCGAUAAUUAGGCAAUACUUUGCUUUUUUAUACUAUUAAAAAGUUUAAAAAAACAAUACAGUAGUUAUCGAAUUUGUAAACUUACAUAUUGUUAAUUUUGUAUUUAAAAAGUCUUUUUCAUUUAACAAUAUGGGAUAAAAAUUUCAGUAUAAAAAUUCAGUAUAAAAAUAUUAGGCUUUACAACAGCAGAUUGAAUAAUGUAUUGACAAAUGUUUCAAAUUGAUCGGAAUAUAUUUUAACAAUUUUUAAUUUACUUGUACGUCGACAGUGCACGUAUAUUUUUAUCAAAUCAUGUUUUAUUAUGGUUUGAUUAAAUCUAUAGAAUCCAUAUUCAAUUUGAACAGAAAUAUUAUCCCAUUAAUAGUGUUAAAAGUAUUUACGCUAUUGUUUAUUAUAUAUUAAUUCUCGAUAAUAUUGACACUCAAUAAUUUUAACAUCGUUUUAAUCCAGACUCAUUUAUCUUCAUUAUAAUCUAUAUAAUGCGGGGAAAACGAAAAGAAAUAUAUUACUGCAACUCCAAUCCAGACAUAAAAUUUUUU